AUGGAUCAUCUCCACGUUCCAAUCAUAGCGGACUCUCUUCUUACAUCUAUCGCAACCUUUCACACCACGAAGAUCAUCGUCACAGAUCCUUCCAAGUAUUCCUUCAUUGGAUCGAUCCCAGCAGCUAUGUAUGCAUGCGUGUCUGACACAAGCAACGUUAUUCAAGAAUACAAGAAGCUUCCUUCUUCGGGCCCAAGGGAACUCACUCCUGCCAUGAUUCGCUCCAUCGAGGAAGCAGACAAGCUUGCGAAGAGGGGAAAGAAACAUGAAACACAAAAGGAGGUGAGGGUCACUAAACCAACCAAGGGAGAUAAAGGGGGUCAGGUCUCCAAAGUUCAAACACCUAGGAAGCAAAAGUCAGAGAAAGCAACCCCAACUCAACCUAAGCCGAAGAAAGUCAAGAAACCAGCUCGACGACUAAUUCUUCAAUCUUCAAGUGAUUGUGACUCAGAAUAUGUGCCACCUACUCAACCCACACCUUUUCCAAGUGAAACUGACAGCGAAAGCUCAGAUGAUGAGGGUUCGACGUGUGGUGAUACACCACCUCGCUCGCCUACACCAGAGGUACCUGUUCGGUCCAAAGCCCCUUCUCCUCCACCUGUUUUUGUUCUUGUUUCUAUCCCUCCUAUUUUUCCCAUCACUACAUCUCAACCAUCCACUACUAUUCCCAUUUCUUCUCCAAUCUUUACUGAAGCCACUACUACCACCACCACUGGAGUUCGAACCAACGUAUCCGAUACGGGGGCUCAUUCUUCAGCACCCACUCCUCCAGUCACUAUCGAACCUCCUGUAACUACCAAACCCCCAUCUCAUACCCAAUCUACCGAAACCAACACAGUUCUUGGAGGUGAGGACUUGGAGUUUGAUUCCACUUACUUCAGUCCCUACCGUGUCCAAAGUGAUGACGACGAAGAUGCUCCAGUAACCAAGCGCCAUCUCAAGGUUGUUACUGAAAAACUUGAUCAACUGCUUUCCUCCUCCUCCACUAGUGCUUAUUCUGAAGCAGCUCUCAAAGCUCUGUUCUCUUCGGUUGUUAAAGAUCAUGAUGCUUCUCUUUCUGCUGCAGCAAAGGCUAUCAAAGCGUCUACUUCUCAAUGUCAGAAGGCCUCGUCUACUAUUGAGGCUUCGCGAAGGAAUGCAAAGAAGCGACCGCAAAAGUCGAUAAACUAA